AUGGCUCCCAAACGCCCUCGUGAGAUCGAAAAGACCUCGGCAGAACCCCGGACAGAGAAUGCGAUCAAGAAGCGCAAGGGCUUCAGUGUCGGUCCUGCGAACCUGCCCGAUGGCACAUAUCGUCGCAAGAGUAAAUCCGAUCUGAUCCAAAAAGCCAAAGUGAAAAAGGCCUAUGCCAAGAUCAAGGCGCAAGAAGUCGCUGCCGGCACUCCCAAGUCUGUCUACACGACCGCCGACGAAGAAAAGAACGACGAGCCGGAAUCUGCAUCUUUGGAAUUACACCCCGACCGCGUAGCGAUGUUGAAUGAGCCAGAACCAGAACCAGAAGCAAAGCCGGCCCCUCGACGAGAACAUCGCUCUCGGGAUAACGCCGGGAAGAAGGAGCGGAAGCCAAGGCCAUCUGCAUUCUCGAAGGAGAUCCAGCUCGCAGAACAGCGAAAACAAGCUGCGGAGGCACGCAAACGGGAAAUUGAGGCAAAGCAGAAAGAGCGCGAAGCGAUGGCACGGGCACGGCGACCGGAUCAAUUUGGAAAGCGGAGACUUGGACGAGAGAGCAAAGUGCUGCUAAGUCGAGUGCAGCGAAUGGUUGGCUAG